AUGAGAGGUGGAAUGUCGGUAGAUGGCGGAAUGAGAGGCGGAAUGGUGGUAGAGGGCGGAAUGAGAGGCAGAAUCGCGGUAGAGGGCGGAAUGAGAGGCGGAAUGUGGGUAGAUGGCGGAAUGAGAGGCACUGGGGGAAGGGACAUGCUGGUAUGUUGGAAGGGAGGAGAUGGCAUGGGGGAAGAGACAUGCUGGUUUGAUGGAGGGGAGGAGAUAGCAUGGGGGAAGGGAUAUGCUGGUGCGAUGGAAGGGAGGAGAUGGAGUGGGGGAAGGGAUAUGCUGAGGGGGAAGGGAGGAGAUGGCAGAGGGGGAAAGGAGGUGGGGUCAGAGGGGAGAGGGUUCUGCCAUCAGAGGGGGAAGGGAGGUGAGGUCAAAGGGGGAGGGGAGAUGAUGUCAAAGGGGGAUAAGAAGAUGGGUCAGAUAGUGAAGGGAGGUGAGGUCGGAGGGGGAAGGGUUGUGGGACGAGAGGGGGAAGGGAGGUGA